ACGACCUAUAUCGGGAGAUGGUGAAGCGCUACGUGGAGACGGUGGAGAAGCUUCCAGAAUAUCGGCCAGACCCAGCUACUGUGGAGGGCUGUUCUCAGCUGAAGCCAGAUAACUACCUCCUGGCCUGGCACACACCCUUUAGUGAAAAGGGCUCAGGAUUUGGAGCUGCCACUAAAGCAAUGUGCAUUGGCAUGAGGUACUGGAAGCCAGAGCGGCUGGAGACCCUCAUCGAAGUCAGCAUCGAGUGUGGCAGAAUGACCCACAACCAUCCCACAGGGUUCCUUGGGUCCCUGUGCACGGCUCUGUUUGCCUCUUAUGCCAUACAAGGAAAACCACUUGUGCAAUGGGGGAGAGACAUGCUACGGGCAGUCCCACUGGCCGAGGAGUACUGUAAGAAGACCAUCCGGCACAUGGCAGAGUACCAGGAGCAUUGGUUUUACUUUGAAGCUAAAUGGCAGUUUUAUUUGGAGGAGAGAAAAAUCAGUGACGACAUGGAAGGCAAAGCCACCUUUCCUGACAACUAUGAUGCAGAGGAGAGAGAGAAGACCUAUAAGAAAUGGAGCUCAGAAGGCCGAGGCGGACGACGAGGCCAUGAUGCCCCCAUGAUAGCCUAUGACGCCCUCCUUGCAGCUGGGAGCAGCUGGGCUGAGCUGUGCAACAGGGCCAUGUUCCACAGAGGUGAGAGUGGGGCCACAGGCAUGAUCGCCGGCUGCCUGUUUGGCCUGCUGCAUGGCCUGGAUGCCGUCCCCCAGGGCCUGUACCAGAACCUGGAGCACAAGGGCAGACUGGAGGACUUGGGCUCAGCCCUCCACCGCUUGUCCACGGAGGAGAAGUAAAGCAUUUCUACCAUUCCCCUUCCAGAAGGCAGCUGUAGUUUCCACAUGCAAGCUUGUAGCCUCUGUAGGGGAGGGUGUCCAGUCAGACAAUUAAAUGUUAACCACUCCCUCCCCAACUUCAGAAUCCAAUUUUCUCUAUAAAAUACUUUGUUUGUCCUAUGAGAGUACCUUC